UUACACAAGUGCUUAUAUAAGCGCUUAGUUUGGGCAAGCAGAGCGUCACUGCACCCAACGGCUGCCUGCCACAAAAAAGAGACAAGAAGAAGCGGCGGAAGGUUUGUUGCAAAAUGUCAGCCAGUUGGAAGAUGGCGCUGGCCCUCCUCGCGAUGUCUCUGGCGGUGGCAGACGCUCUGCGGAUCAUUGGAGGACCCACUGACGCCGAUCUGAAUGACCCGGAUGUCAAAAAAGCCUUGAAGUUUGCUGUGGAUCAGACCAUCAGUCACAGAAACACUACUUUCCUCAGAAAAAUGACAGGUGCAGGCUCGGGCAAGCAACAGCUGGUCGUAGGCAUGAUGUACAUUCUCUCGGCGAACAUGGCCACAACCAACUGUGCAAAGGGCGAGGACGAGACCAAGUGUGAUAUACAUGAAGACCAACGCAUCGCAUUCCAAGAGAAAUGCAUUUUCCACGUGUGGGAGAACCCCUGGCAUGGUGGACACGAGAUGUUUCAAACUGGUUGCGUGGCUUAAAUGCAUCAAGAAGAAGAGGCUGCAUUACUCUAACUUCAAUCACCGAAGAUAAGAGUCUCUUACUGAAUCAGCCUGGCUAGUGGAUACUGAAUCAACCCAAAUCAACCAUAUUUCUUCACCCAUCUUCUGAAAUCCAUUAAAUUUUUUGUGCGUUUCUCAAUCUUUCUUUUGGCUGUUUGUUAUUCAUUCCGCAAAAUAAAAGUAGAGCUGGCAGUACAAGCUUUGCAAUAAAUAAUAAUAUUGGAACUAGCCUAACAAAUGACUGUUAAAACAC